UUUUAUCCAUGCACAAGCUGCACUGAGCCCUUAAGAAUCAAGAUCUGGACCAGAUUUCUGUUUUAUAUCUAAUAUUCAGAGAUUCCUUUGCUAAAAGAAUUACUAUCAAAAAAAUUCUUUAUUUUAUCUGUCAAUUGGCAAGUGGAUACUGGACAAAAUGCGUAAGGAAACCAAGACAAAAGUCUUAUUUUUUGUGAUCUUGGUGGGCUCGGUGUGCAUGUUUACAGCAGUGGUGACAGACCACUGGGCCGUGUUGAGUCCUCGAGUGGACAACAUAAACACAACAUGUGAGGCAGUUCACUUCGGCCUUUGGAAACUUUGUAAAAAACACAUCUAUAUUGAGGAUAAGGAAUACGUUGGUAAAGGCUGUGGACCUAUUAGCUUACCUGGAGAAAUGAACUGUUCUUACUUCAGACACUUCACGCCAGGGAAAGAUUCUGACAUCUUUGAAGUUAAAACUCAGAGAGAAUACAACAUCUCAGGUGCUGCCAUAGCCCUCUUCAGUCUUGCCUUUGUGAUUCUGGGCACUCUGUGUGUGUUGUGUUCUCUCAAAAAGGGAAAAGACUAUAUGUACAAGCCUGCCGGCAUGUUCUUCACUUUUGCAGGUCUGUGUGCCUUCAUAUCAGUAGAGGUAAUGCGGCAGUCAGUCUUGAGGAUGAUAGCCAGCGAGCAUACAAUCUGGAUUGAGUAUUAUUAUUCCUGGUCUUUUGCUUGCGCCUACACGGGUUUUGUCCUGCUCCUCCUCAGUGGAAUCUGUCUGGUACUGGUCUCCAUGCCACAGAUGCCUAGAAAUCCAUGGGAAAGCUGCAUGGACGCUGAGCCUGAACAGAUGUAGAUUAGGAAAAGCAGAUGCCAGAAGGUAAACCACUGCCUCGCCAAAUAGGCCUCUUUGAUACAGUAAGAGUGCUCGACAAACAGAUGUCAUAAAACUAGCUCAGCAACUUUCUUGUUUCCCCCACAAAGUGGCAUGAAGAAUAUAAAUGUGCCACACAUUCUUGUCAUGCAAGCAAGUAGCUAAGCUUUUCAGUCUACUAUUAUUAUCAUCAUCAUCGAGUAUCCAUGUUUAAAAACAUGAUGUAUAAAAUCUCUAAAAUGCAAUAUGAAGAGUGCAGCUGGCAUUGUGAAUUUUGAGUAAUGAUGUGGUGGUUUAAAUGGAGAAGGGUUGCAUAAGUAUUGUGUUUGCUAUAACAUUUUGAAGGAACGAAGGAAGGAUUUAUGUUUAACAACAUAUUUCAAGGAUUAUGUACUGUUGGUUAAUUUGCACUAGCUUGCAGAUAGGUAAUUCAAACAUCAACAAGCAAUGACGUAAUGCCACAAGAUUUUGCUUUACAGAUAGCAUCAGUCAUGUCUUGUAAAUUAAUUUAGAUUUGUUUAGAAGUAAAAAUUCUACUUUUAUCCUUGAUUUUUAUUAUAGUCAUUUUAAAGUACUUUACUUUUGCCUUUUUGCCCUUUUGGACACAGUGAUGCUCUGAACUGCUCUGAGCAGAAUGCAAAUGCUUGGUCUGCUGCGGUUGCUGAAUGCUUGGCCAGACAUUUUGGAAUAUUUUCAGAUCUUGCAGGUGCAAAGAAAAUGGCAUCAUUCUAACUCUUAUGUGAAGCUGUAAAAUAUCUCUGAGAUCGUCCAAGUCUAUGGCUUCCUGAAAUGCACCCGCAGACAAGUCUGAAACAGAUAGGCAUUUAGUCAUUUCUGUGUAAAGUCUGUAGAAAAUGUUUCGCUUUGUAUUUAUGCUAAGCAGACUUUCUUUUGUACAUUAUAAUUAGCAACAAUAAAUAGUUUAAUUUGGUAACUUGCAACUAAUUUCUCUCUCUCAGGACAUUUUGUAAACUGUCUUAGAAAUGCCCUUCAUGAUAUCUAAAAAAAAGAUAUUAAAAUACAAGAAAAUAAAUUUGGUGUCACUUAUACAAUUUUAUCAGGCCUUUUGCCAUUUAAAUUAGAUGUUAUACUCAGUGGAUAAUAAGCUAAAUACAGACAAAAUGGCAGACAACAAAUAAAAAAGCACCUGUAAAAAUAUUGUAAACAAAAUGAAAGAAACAAAGAAAGUUAGUUUUGGGUUUUGUGGUGGCUGUUAGAAUGUACCUUUAUAUCUCAAUUACUACAUGAUGAGGCAAAUGCUUCAAUCAAGUUUAUUUUGACAGGAAAUACUGUAUUUAUUUCUUUUGUUGUUGUGCGCAUGCAGAACAAGCAUAUCUGCUCAACAGAAUAUCUGUAUUUCUGAUGUUACAAACCCAUGUUGUGUAUUUCUAAUAAAACAAAUACGCCAA